AUGGCUGCACAACUCAAGUCUCAAAGUUCAGCAGUACACGCCCUGGAGCAACGUGGUUACCUCAUUGGAAAAAAAAUUGGACAGGGAACGCAUGCAACGGUUCAUUUGGCAGAAUUUAUGGAUGGCAACUCUGGAAAGAAAGUGAAGCUGGCCUGUAAAAUUUUCAAUAAAAAAAAGGCACCCCACGACUUCCUCCACACGUUUUUUCCACGAGAACUUCAAAUUCUUACGAAAAUAGAACAUCCCCAUAUCAUUCAAGUCCACAGCAUCCUCCAGCGCGGACCCCAAGUCUUCAUCUUCAUGCAAUACGCGGAAAACGGGGAUCUGCUCGAAUUCAUCCGCAACCCCCGAGUGGGCACGGUACCCGAGCAACAGGCCCGCAUCUGGUUCCGCCAGAUGGCCUCGGCCCUCCAGUACCUCCACCGGCUGCACAUAGCCCACCGGGAUCUCAAGUGCGAGAACAUCCUCCUCUCGCGGCGCUUCAACGCGAAACUCGCCGACUUUGGCUUCGCCCGUUACUGCGUCAACCAGGAGGGCAGGCGCGUCCUCAGCCAGACGUACUGCGGCUCCGCGGCUUACGCUGCCCCCGAGGUGGUCGCCGGUAGCCCCUACAACCCCAAAAUGGCGGACGUUUGGUCCUUGGGCGUGAUACUAUUCAUCAUGCUCAACGGCGUGAUGCCCUUCAACGACAAGCACCUGGCCAAGCUGCUCAAGGACCAGCAGAGCCGCAAUUGGGCCUUUCAGCCCAAGGUGCGCGAGAGCGUCUCGGGGCUCGCAGUGGCCAUGGUCAAGCUUCUCCUCGAGCCCGACGUCACGCUCAGGCUGACCGUUGACCGGGUCAUGGGGCACGAUUGGCUGCGAUCGCGCGCGUGCAAGGAGAGGUCGGCGAGCCGGUGUUUACAGCAGCAGCAUCGGCAGGUGGAGUCGCCACCGAUGGUACAUCAUCAGCAUAGUAAAAAUACAACGGAACACAAAGCUGAAGUUUUGAGCAACAAUCCUUUUAAAUUUGGAUUGAAAAAUCAGAUACCAUUGUCUUUGCCGUUGAAAUUGGGAUUGAGAUCAUUUCAAGUUGGCGCUGAUUGUCAUAACCAAGGAAAUAAGUGUAACGCUGCGGAAAAUUAA